GCUCGGUCUAGGGUAUAAAAUCUCACUGACUGCCAAACAUAUUCACUCUCAAUCGAGACUUCGCCAAAGCAGUUUGAACGAAAGCAAACACCGUCAACGAACGGAGCGUUUAUUCUCAUUCAUAUUCAAGGAUUCCCUCAGAUUCCAGCAUCACCAUGGUAUUAAAGGAGGAGAAACCGGUUCACGUGACGCUGAUUGGUGACGCUAUGAUCGGAAAGAGCACGCUCGUGCAAGCGUUCAUGAGCCAGCAUCUUCCACAGACGUCAUACGUCGCCACCGUCAUAGACACGUAUGAAGGAUGUCUGGAUGUGGACGGACAGAAACACAACCUGAGUAUCCUGGACAACGCUGGGCAGCACGACUACGGGAACAUGCGCUCGUGCUCCUACAAGGAAUCCGAGGUGCUCGUGCUCUGUUACUCCGUCGCCGACCGCAACUCGCUCGAGAGCAUCCAGGAUUUCUGGGUACCAGAAGUCAACAACUGCACGCGCAGGCGCAAGCCUAUUAUAUUGGUCGCCACUCAGACGGAUCUGAGAAAAGACAUUGACACUGAUAAGGUGACCACGGCGGAGGGCGAGCGGAUCGCUAAGCAGAUCGGUGCGGACUGUUUCCUGGAGUGUUCGGCCUUCCAGCAAGAAACUGUAAACCAUGUGUUUGAAGUGUUAACUACAUCGGGACUUAAAUACAGGAAAAAGCGUAAUAACUUUGUGAAGAAAAUGUUCGGCAAAUGAGAUCUUGACGUAUACCGCUCAUCCAGAGCGCGGUAAACCGAAAUAUAUCUUUGUAAGUCGUGCCGUGCCAGGGUAUGGACACGAGCACAGACGACUCCCUUUAACCUGGGCGACCUCCAUGAGACGGAAGGGGCGGCCCGGUUGCUAAAGGGCAGAGGCGGUGAAGGAGGAGGAGGAGGAGGAGAGAUACGACACGUGGCUACUGACACGCCACCGAAACUGUACACAGCCACACUUUCAACGACCACUAUCGUGGUUUUAUAUAAGGAAUUGGCCUUGAUAAUGUACUCAUCUACCAACGCUUGGUUUUUUAACCAUUAGACUUUGUAACAUUGUUUUAAACUAUGUUAUCUCUCUGCGUUAUAAGUGUUAUUUUAUUAUAAUAUACAUGUACAUGUAAUCUUAUUUUGUUCAUUUAUUUGGUCUUAGUUGACACUGUAUAAAUUUAAGUAAUAAAAAAAUGCCAAUAAAACCAUAUUUCUUGUCAUUU